CUUCCGAGUUUGACACAAAUGUUUCAGUUAGUGGAAGUCAUUGUUAUCUCUUCCCACUGAUAUACUGAAAUUCCAAGCGGAUCACAGGAGCAGCAGCACUAGUGGUGCUGCUAGCACCACAGAAACGCAGAGCCUAAAUGAGACACAGCGUUGGCCGCAUCAUCGGAUACUAAAUCAAGAACAUGCUUCGGUAGCACGUACUGUCCCAUCAUACAAAUGAAGCCCCUCUCGUUAAAAAACAGGGUUGGGUUUCUCCACCGUCAUAUUGAUACGACCUCUCCACGCUCGAUCGCUUCUGGCAGUCCACACCCCUCGGCGGGUUAAUCGACGAGUUUCCCGUACUAUACAAGUUACGCAAUCGACAUGGGUGUCCCGGGCGCAUUCGGCUCUAUUCUCAUGGGGGGGUUGGUCUCUGCCAUGUUAUAUGGCACGACGACUUUCCAGACCUAUAUAUAUUUCAUGCACUACUCUGGGGAUGCUUCAACCGUGAAGUUCCUUGUUGCUGCCAUAUGGAUUCUUGAUACGCUACAUCUCUCAUGCAUGUGUCACGCAUUAUAUUACUACCUGAUAACCAAUUAUGGCGUUUUGACGAGUUUGGAGUAUAUGGUCUGGACAUUCCCAACGUCACUUCUAAUCAAUGUACUCGUGAUUUCUAUAGUUCAAUGCUUCUUUGCCCACACAAUAUCUUGCCUUUGUCGUCCUCAAAAGAAGUGGUUGGUGGCUGGCCCAAUUAUACUAUUAGUUCUGGUUCACUUGGGACCUGCCUUGGAAGCGGUCAUUAUGAUGUUCGUCAAUCGUGAUGUUGACAUCCUUACGCAGAUUAGGUUUUCUGCCGUGUUACCCGCUUUGGCCAUCGUCGCACUCGUUGAGGCACUGAUCACGAUAUCACUUUGCGUACUUUUCCACGACAGUCGCUCUCGCUCUGCAUUCCCAAGAACGAAGCGUCUCUUCCAAACACUUAUCAUAUAUGCUGUUAACAGGUGUUUGUUGACAUCACUGGUCACCAUUGCAGAGUUCACUGUGAAUGUUAAUCAGCAGGAUGAUUGGACAAUGGGAUUGGACUUCAUGAUUGGAAAGUUAUAUGCCAACUCGCUUCUAGCAUCACUGAACACUCGGCAAUACCUCCGAUCCCAGCACUCAGGAACCGAGUCAGCUGAACACAUCAAUACUAUCCACCUCGGGAACCUGCCGCAGCAUUCGGGUGACGUGCCCUUAUCGGUAUCAGCGCUUGGUAAGGCGACAGCAUUGCGAAGCGAAGGAGAACCGAAAUUCUAGUUCCGCGUUCCGUCCGCGCUUCGGUUCUUUUCGCUAUGACAUGAACUAAUUUAAUACUACUACAAGUUAUCCUACGCCUUGUUUUGCGAAGCCGCAGUAGGGCUGCGAUAGAAUUUUAAUUCACGGUUGAGUCUCACCGAUGGUCUCGUUUUUGCGGAACUGGUAUCGCUCCGUGAGAGUAGACCUGAUGGUUGGGAAUACGCAUGCAUGGCCACCAAGUGCCUUUCGAGCUGUCCUGGAUCGGCUUUCGGGGAUGGAUGUCUGGUCGUGUUAUGAUAUGCUAUCAGGCAGACCAAAGGCACAACAGAAAGCGUUCAUUCCCUCUCGGCGUAUCCGCUAGCACAGCGUUCGUGGGGUGGCACAUAGCUGCACUACUUCAUAGGGAAUCCGAUCCAGCCAACCGUCACAGAAGCUGGAGGCGGUGAGGGCAGCCGGUAGAACGAACGUGAU